CUACAAUCGAGCGGGGCUUGGGAAGCGUGAGAAAAAGCGUCCAUGGAAUCGGUCGUAAAGUGACUCGUCGAAGGCACAAAUAUGCGAGCUUUUGCGCGAAAGUUCAGUGGAGAAGUGGCUAAACACUGGGAAAACGUUCAGCGUGCACCAACGUCGGUAAUGUGUCGGUGCCCAACGUUAGAAGAUGCUUAUCUCGCACGCCACCUUCUACGCGUUUCCCCUGUCUUGUCGCUAAAAGUUAUCAGUGUUUUCUCAAGCAGUCUCUAUAGCCCCGGGCUAGGCUUCGUCCCUCGUGUCUAACAUCCCGGAAUCCACAUUGGAAAGAUAGCAGAAAUUUUGAUUCCGCGUGUACAAAAAUACUUGCUGAUAAACCGGAUUUGUUAGUUGUUUUUAAAAAAGUGAUAUUUCGUAGCCAAAAUGAGGGAAAGCACUGUGAAAAUCUCGUUGAAAUUGGAGCACAGACAAUUGACGAUCUACGAUUGAUCAUCGACGCUAUUAAAUCGAAUUGAAACCGGAUGAAUCGAGAGUGACUGAAGUGAUUUCGAGAAAAAUGGAAUACCCGUCGUCGACGAUGCAGUCGAAGGACUUCGGGGAUUGGAUAACAUCAAAAUUUCGAAUAAAGCCUAAAAACAUGAAGCAGUUAAUGAUGCCGAUGCUUAUAAGCGGAUGGGCUGUCGGAAGGGGCGUCAUAGAACUUCCGCUUGGAAAACGUUGGCCUCUCGUGAGCUGUCUCUAUUCGGGAUUGACAAUAUUCGGGUAUUUCUUCGUGGCGAAAAUAACGAUGGAGGAUCUUCACGUUGUCGUACCAGCGGCAUCUUCCAUUGGAAUGUGGAUCAUCAAUCCGAUGAUUUGUAUCGACAUCUGCCUCGUUAUUUGCAACGUUAUAAUCGGCUGGAAAGGCAUACGAAACGUCGCAGAUAUAAUCAAUCGUUUGGAAGAGUCUGGCAGAAAAGUGGAAAAAAUUGGCAUCUUACAGGACUACAGUAAAGUUUACUGUGGCCAAUUAGUCUUGCUGAUUUGUGAAGUGAUUUUCGCUAUUUUUAUCAUGCUCUUUGCAUUCGUUUCGCUACCGUCGAACGAGCGAAGCGGGUGGCAUAAAAUGGCUACGAGUAUUUGUAUUUAUUAUCCUUUCAUUGUAAUUUCCAUCGGCGACGCGGAGUUCAUCACCCUCGUUCGUUCUAUCACUUUAAGGUUCGAACGAUUGAACAAAGUACUUGAAGACAUGUCAACAACGACGGAUCGCUCACCUCAGCAUAAAAGAGCACUCGAUUACAUCAAAUUCAAGGAGCGCCAGAUCGAUGGUGUCCACGAAAAAUGUACGAAUGAUGAUGAGAGACUAAUAAGAGCAGUGGCCGAAGAUCAUCUCGAGCUCGUCCGAAUAGGAGGCUUGAUUAAUGCCACUUUUGGCACGCAAGCAUUGCUGUCGAUGACUCUCUCCUUCGUCUGUCUACUUGGACUGCUGUAUCGUGCUUCAGCCUUGGUCCUGUGGUCGACCUUAACGAAGGACUCUCUGGACAAAGAAUUAGUCGUUUUGCUGGGCUGGGUGUUUUACUAUAUUUACAGAAUAAUCGUGAUGACCACAGCGUGCAUGCAAGCAGUUGAUGAGUGCAAAAAAACUGCAACUAUCAUUUGUCAACUUCAUGAACCAUCGACAAAAAAAGGGUUUAGAAAUGAGAUCAGUAAUUUCUUGCUGCAAAUGACGCAGAAUACGGUCGAGUUCACGGCGUGUCGCCUGUUCAGCCUCGAUCACAGCUGCAUCCAACGGAUCAUUGGCACGAUAACGACCUAUCUCGUUAUUCUUGUACAAAUUAAUGGCGACUUGACGUCCUCGAUGCCAGGGGGUUCGAAAACGAAGGUGACGAAGAACAAGUAGAAAUUAUUGGGUGAAAAACGAAACGGUUGUAUAUUAAUGAAAAAAUGUUUUUUUUUUCAUUUAUCACUGCUUCGUGCUAACGCCCAAAGAUUUAGCAAAACAAGCAAUAAAUCUUCGAGCAUUUCCUCUUCCGAAAAUACAACUCCGACGAGCUCACUGAUUCGAAUUACGUUGACUCGAGUCAGUUAAUGGAGUUGGAAUGGCCUACAGUUGAGUCAAACACGACGGCUCUCGAAAUUUUUCAUAAACCGUUUCACGAUUUCUGACGUCAUUAUUGUAUCCACGUGUCUCAAGAUUAUUCGGAUCUGAAAACGAACAACCGUUUCAAUGGAAACCGUUCAACGAUUUCUUCAAAUUUUUUCCCUCAUACAGUUGUUUUGGUAUUAACACAAAAAAUUCGCUUCGUACAAUGGGCUGAAAUAUUUGUUGAAUUCAAGAUUUUUUAAUUAAAGAUAUAUAAUCACUUUAAA